UCAAUUUUUCUGUGAUAUAUCAGUUGUCCUUCAAAAACUCUAUUGAUAUUCCGACUUUCAUUUUAUGUAAAUCAAAUCCAUGAAUUUCUUUCUUAUACACCAACAUUUUUUACUGCUCCAGUCAAGUAAUUUAGUAUACAUGCAAAAAUUUCUCCACUUUCCGGUUGCACCAUCACCAGAAACCCAACGGUCCAAUUUCAUUUCCCGCCAAAAUAUUGCUAUUACAGAAAUCUCACGAACCACCAACAACCGUACCAGACAAACAUUAUUAUUAGCAAACAACAGAAGCUAGAACCAAUGCUUUCUGUCCACGGUUACUAAAAGCAAAAGGCUGACCAGUUCACUAAUUCGAUCUGUGAGUGUUAGAUCGAGAUUAUAUCUUGAGGUUCUGAUCAAUGGGGCUCCUGGACUAUUCUUUUCGCCACUGGAGCUUUCGGCAUCUGGUUUGCCAAUCCAAGCAAGGCAGGUUUAUGGUCUUUUCUAGCACGUACUUCCUUCAAUCUGAAUGUUCUGUGGAUCCAAUCUCUGUUGAUGAUGCUUUGUUGUCAAAAGUAUCGGAUGCUUCAGAUCUGGUCUAAAUUCUUGUUUUUUUUCAGGUCAGAAGGGACCAAGAUUGGAAGUGCAUUGAAUGGUGCAUCAGUGAGUGCUUUACUUGGGCUAGCAGCUAGUAGUUUGGGGAUUAUUUCUUUUGAAUCUCCUGCUUAUUCUAUCCUAUUGGAGUUUCUGUUUCCAUUGACAAUUCCACUAUUGCUGUUUAGAGCUGAUUUGCGUCGCGUGUUUACGUCUACUGGGAUAUUUCUUCUGGCUUUCUUGAUAGGAACAGUUGGAAAAAUAGUUAGAACAGUAUUGGCCUAUAUGAUGGUACCGAUUCUGGAUAGCGUGGCUAUAGCAGCUGCAUUUCCAACCCAGUUCAAUCUCCUUGUACCAUCUGGUGAGGCUUUGGCUAUGAUUCUGAAGCAGGUGAGCUGAGAUUUACAGGAUUUCUAUUUAGUUAGUUCAUUUGCAUCACCCGUUGAUUAUAGGAUCACUCAACCUGAUAAGAUUAUUAAUCACAACAGAAAAACAAAAACAAUUACAUAUAACAAAAAGUUUCACUGCAAUUGAAACAGUGCGGUUUGAAGAACUUUCGAAAUAAUCUCAAGAAUACAUCAAAUAUAUUUUAUAAUCCUAAAAACAUACUGCGUCAAGUAAUCACGAAAGGUCCCUAACGACUAAAAGAGCCCCUGUGGCCCAGCAUUUUGAUAUCUGUUCUUGUUCAGGUUUCCAUUCAUCUUUUUGUGAUCCUCGGACUUGGAAAGCUAUUUCGAUUCGAUCAAAAGCCGUUGCUGAUUGCAUCAAAUGCUAAUAUUGGAGGCCCAACAACCGCAUAUGGAAUGGGCAAUGCUAAAGGGUGGAUCGAGUUCUUUGGUUGCUCCUGCCAUUAUUGCUUACAUUUUUGGAAAUUUUUAUUUUCUUUGUUUUGGGAGUAACAGCUUGCUUAUGUAGUCCUAAUGUUCUUGCGCAUUAUCAUUCCCCCUUGUAUCCUUCGCCAAGAGGUGUUGCUGUUAUUAAUCACAAUAAUGAGCAUCAUUAGACCUGUGUGAGAUUAAUUGUUACUGCAAAAUUCUACCAUGUUUACAUGAAUAAUUGAAUAAUAUUCUUGUAUAAUAUUUAAUUUCU